AUGCCGACGACUUGGAUCACCCUUUCCGAAGAUGGAAUCAACAAGAUCACGUCGGCUGUCAAGUUCGACGAGGCGGCCCAAUAUCAGCAAGCAUUCGACAACUAUAUGACCGGAUGCGAAGAUCUCAUGAAGGCAGUCAAGCGCGAUGACACCCCCGAAGGAACCCGUGUCGCGUUGCGUCGAAAGAUAACCGAAUAUCUGAUGCGCGCCGAGAAACUAAAGGCGCAUCUCGACGCCGAGAAGGCAAAGAAGGAAGGGACAAAUGGACAAUCCAACGGCGCUAUCGCGAACAACGGACAGGACGAUGACAGCAAGAAGUUGCGGAAUGCGCUGGAGGGUGUGGUCCUCCAGGAGAGGCCCAAUGUGAAGUGGGAGGACGUCGCGGGUCUCGAGAGCGCCAAGGAAUCAUUGAAGGAGGCAGUUCUUCUACCCAUCAAGUUUCCCAGCUUCUUCUCUGGUAAGAGGAAGCCGUGGAAGGGCAUUCUCUUGUAUGGACCGCCGGGGACGGGUAAGAGUUAUCUGGCAAAGGCGGUUGCCACCGAGGCCAAGAGUACGUUCUUCAGCGUAAGCAGUUCGGAUCUGGUGAGCAAGUGGAUGGGAGAGAGUGAAAGAUUAGUCAAGCAGCUCUUCGCAAUGGCGAGAGAGAACAAACCAUCCAUCAUCUUCAUCGACGAGGUUGAUGCCCUCUGCGGAGCCCGUGGCGAGGGCGAGUCUGAAGCGAGCAGGCGAAUCAAGACCGAGAUGCUGGUGCAGAUGGACGGUGUCGGCAAGGAUAGCGAGGGCGUCCUCGUCCUGGGAGCGACAAAUAUACCGUGGCAGCUCGACUCGGCCAUCCGCAGGCGUUUCCAGCGCCGUGUCCACAUCAGCCUCCCCGACGUCGCGGCAAGAACAACCAUGUUCAAGCUCGCCGUCGGCGACACCCCCUCGAGCUUGACCAACGAAGAAUACCGACAGCUCGCCCAGCUGGCUGAGGGGUACUCUGGCAGUGACAUUUCGAACGUGGUAAAUGACGCACUGAUGGAACCGGUCAGGAAGAUGCAGAUGGCGACACACUUCAAAACGAUCAUACAUGACGGUGUCGAGAAAUAUGCCGCCUGCUCACCAGGCGAUCCAGAGGCGGUAGAAUUGACCCUCUGGCAGUUAGAAGGAAAACCGUUGGUCGAGCCCCUCGUCACAUACAAGGACAUGGAGCGAGCCAUCAAGAGCACACGGCCCACCGUUUCGCAGGACGACUUGAAGAAGAAUGCAGAAUGGACAGAGGAGUUUGGCAGUGAAGGUGCAUGA